AGGCGGGUUUUGUUAACGGAAGUUCCUAUUAAAUAAGUCAGUAAAAUGCUGCCAGCCGUUCAGCAGAAGCUGAGCUAUAUGUUUAUAUAUCUGGAAGUGAGACAGCGCCUGGUGCUAUGCUGCUUUACCUUCCUGGCCAUCAUCAAUGCCUACACCAUGCGGUUGUGUCUGGACUUUUCGCUGAACCAGAUCGUUCUGGAAUGUGGAGGCGACAAGGUGGACCAGAGUUCUAGAGUGCCACAAGUGCUCAAUCCCAAGGCCCUGCCCAAUUGGCGUUUGGAACUGGCCAUGACACUCAAUCGGUCGGACAAUCAUUUGAGGGGCAGACUAAAAGCAGGCAAGGAGCAGUCGGUUCAGGAGCCCAAGAAAGGAAUCCAAAAGAGGCCUUUAAAGAGCCGGAAAACUGUCAUAGUAAAUCCUCCUGUACAGCUAAAUCCACCUGACGGGAUCAGCUGCUCCGAACUGUGGUCUCGUCAAACCCAAUCCCUGGUGGUGAUGGCCUUUUAUGUCGGCUACGUGCUCACCCAUGUCCCGGGUGGUCGUCUGGCGGAGCAAUACGGUGGCAAGUGGGUCCUGGGAGUUGCCAUCCUCACGUCGGCGGUGCUGACGCUUCUAACUCCCGCUGCAGUUCGUCGGGGCGGUCCGUAUGCCCUAAUAGGCGUCCGCCUCCUAGUCGGCCUCUGCGAGGGUCCCUGCUUUCCGGCUGUGUGUGCCCUUCUGGCCCAGUGGGUUCCCGAACAGGAACGCGGAAUGCUGGCCAGCUGCGUCCUCAGUGGCGGCGAAAUCGGGAUUACGAUGGUCCAGCUGGUCAGCGGACUACUGAUUGAGGAUCAGGACUGGCCAAUGGUCUUCUACUUGGUUGGCGGAGGCGCAGUGGUUUGGUUCCUCGGAUUUACCCUUGUUUGCUAUAGUACGCCGGACCUCUGUCCAUUUAUCCAAAACGAAGAGCGAGAGUACAUUAGAUGCAACACAAGUGCCUCCCUGCUGUUGAUCUCCAACAGAGAAGUUAGGGAACGACGACAGGGAGAAGCUGAGGAAGAGGAAUCCAACAGAGAAUUAGACGCAACAGAGGUCCCAGCAGCCACCGCAGCUCCAUGGAGGAGUAUGCUGACCAGUACUCCGCUCUGGGCACUUAUCUCCGCCUCCAUGCAGCAGGAAUUCCAGCAGAAAUUGCCCCAGGAGCUGCAGGUUCUGCUGAAGGAAGUGAGUUCGCGGGGCAGCAGUCUGUGGGAAGAUCUGCCCGCCACAUUUGCACUGAUCGCCCCGCACAUUGGCAAUUGGUUGGCCUCGCUAAGCUCGGGCAGCCUUAGCGAUCACCUAAUCGCCCAGCAGAUCCUCACUCGCACCCAGUGCCGCCGCCUCAUGUCCUGGCUGGUCUUCAUCUGCGGAUCCAUGUACAUGCUGCAGAGCAAGGAGGACGGAGCCCGGAUCUGGAGCGUUCUGGCCAUGGGCGCCUACUAUGGUGGCAUCAAGCUGCUGCCGCUGGACAUGAGCCCCAACUAUGCCGGGACUCUGAUGGGCAUCUCCAGCGGAUUGGGCGCCCUGCCGGCCCUUUUAAUGCCCUAUCUGGAGCAACUGGAGACGGAUUACGCGCUGGUUAGCGGCGUGAGGACCGCCCUGGUUGUUAUCGGUGCCAGCUACAUUUCCGGCGAUGUGCAGGCCUUUAACCAACCGGAGGAGCCGGAGAACCCGGAGUAACCAGAGCCACAAUAAGGACAAUCGCUUGUUAUUGGUUUAAUCUUACGCUAAAAAAACA